AUGGCACUAGCAAAUAACAAAACAAAAUGUUUUACAUGUAAUGAAAAAAAAAUAACAUAUUGUUGUGAAGGAUGUUCAAAACGAUUUUGUUUAAUUCAUUUAACAGAACAUCGUCAAAUAUUAAAUAAAGAAUUCAAACGUCUUAUUAAUGAUUGUGAACAAUUUAAACAAAGAAUUAAUAAACCAAAACAAAAUCGACAAUAUCUACAAAAUCAGUUAUUAAUAAAACAAAUUGAUCAAUGGGAAAGAAAUUCUAUUGAAAAAAUUAAACAGAAAGCACAAGAAACUAGAAAAAUUGUCCUUGAUUCAUCAGAAUUAUUUAUUAAUGAAAUUCAAAUGAAAUUUAAUGAUUUAUCUCAACAAAUAAAACACAUGGAAAAAGAAAAUGAAUUUAAUGAAAUUAAUUUAGAAUAUUUAAGGAAUCAGUUAAAAGAAAUUACAGAAGAAUUAAAUAAUUCAUCAAAUAUUUCUAUUAAAGAAGAUUCACAAUCAUUUGUUAAUGAAAUUUCAAUUAUUUCAUCAAAAAAAUCAAAAUUCAACGAAUGGAUACCGAAUGGAAUCGCUGUGGCUGGUGGAAAUGGACAAGGACAAAAAUUAAAUCAACUCUAUAACCCUAAUGGAAUCUUUCUUGAUAAAAACAAAAAUAUUUUUAUUGUUGAUUGUUUUAAUCAUCGUAUUGUUGAAUGGAAAUAUAAUGCAAAAGAAGGACAAAUCAUUGCAGGUGAAAAUAAACAAGGAAUUCGAAUGAAUCAAUUGACCUAUCCAACAGAUGUGAUUUUUGAUCAACAAAAUCAUUCGAUCAUCAUUGCUGAUCAAGGAAACAGACGAGUAAUUCAAUGGUUAAAUCAUAAUCAACAAAUUCUCAUUCACAGUAAUAUUAGCUGUUUGGGCUUGGCAAUGGACAAAUAUGGAUUUCUUUAUGUUUCUGAUCAUAUAAAGAAUGAAGUGAGACGAUGGAAGAUGGGUGAAUAUAAAAGUGAAGGAAUUGUAGUGGCAGGUGGGAAUGGAGAAGGAAAUAAACUCAAUCAACUUCAUGGUCCAGGUUUUAUCUCUAUUGAUAACGAUCAAUCUAUUUAUGUAUCAGAUUGUGGCAAUCAUCGUGUGAUGAAAUGGAGAAAAGAUCAAAACGAAGGAACAAUUGUGGCUGGAGGAAAUGGUCAAGGAGCAAAUCUCAAUCAGUUGUCUUCACCUAAAGGAGUGAUUAUUGAUAAUUUGGGUCAAAUCUAUGUGGCAGAUAUGUGGAAUAAUCGAGUAAUGCGUUGGUGUGAAGAAAAAGAAGAAGGUGAACUUAUUGUUGGUGGAAAUGGUGAAGGAAAUCAAUCAAAUCAAUUGUUUUGUCCCUAUGGUUUAUCUUUUGAUGACGAAGGAAAUCUUUAUGUUGCUGAAGCAAGAAAUCAUCGAAUUACAAAAUUUGAAAUAAUAUUGUGA